CGAGGGAAGGGCAGUGGGGGUGGGGUGCAGUGGGUGGGGGCGUCUGCUUUUCACGGGACUCCCAGGCUUCGAAGCCGAUCUACAAUUUGCUGAAGGAGCAAAGAACAUCCUCGGCUCUAAGUAGGGCUUUUAGUGUGCUCAUUGAUGAGUGAAAGUCGCCACACAUGUCAAGCUAAAGGCAGUUGUUGGGUUACUAACAGGACCCAGCGCCUUGCAAACAUAUGCGCUAAGCUGUGUAUACAGAUGGCAGGCAGAAUAAUGGAGCAGGCGCCUUUUAUAAAGCUCUAGCUGCUGCCUGUCUUCAGACCUGGGAAAUGAAACUAUUCAGACUCGCGGCCAGAUAGCGCCUGCGAUUGUUUGUUACCGUUUUAAUCCUAUUAAUUAAAACGUUAACCUGAUUGGGUAGAAAGCGCUGUCCCAACAGGCGAGUCUUCUUCAUAAUAACCUACUCAGAGAUAAUGAUGUAAAAGACUCCCCCGGCUGUGGCGGCGGCGGGCUGAUGGGUCCGGAAAUCUCCUGAAGGUGAAGCCAAGCAAGAUAAACGGUGCGGAGCGGAGGCGCGGGCUGGGCUCCGAGCUGCGGCGGCCCCGCUCCCCGCGCGCCCACCCUCCCACCAUGCGGGGCCGCGGCCCAUGGUGAGCCCCAGCAGCGGGCACCGUCGGCUGGAGACGAAGAAGAAGAAGAGGAGGAGGCGGCGAGCGCGGGGGAAGGCGAAAAAGAAAAAGAAAGAAGGGGCGCGGGCUGCUAGCAGCGGCGGGACCGACGCGCGCCCCAGCCCCGGAGCCCGCUUCGCGUGCGGCUGCCCGGCCGCCUAGUCCCGAGGCCAGGCGGCGGGCGCGGGUGCGGCGGGCCCGGCCCCUCCGGCCCGGGGCCAUGGAGCGCGGGCUGCACCUCGGCCCGGCGGCCGCGGGCGAAGACGACCUCUUCCUGCACAAGAGCCUGAGCGCCUCCAGCACCAAGCGCCUGGAGGCGGCUUUCCGCUCCACGCCCCCGGGCAUGGACCUGACUCUGGCGCCGCCGCCGCCGCCCCGGGAACGCCCGGCGUCGUCCUCCUCGUCGCCCCUGGGCUGCUUCGAGCCCGCGGACCCCGAGGGAGCAGGGCUGCUGCUGCCGCCGCCUGGAGGUGGAGGCGGCGGCGGCGGUGGCGGCGGCGGCGCGGGCGGCGGCGGCGGGGUGAGUGUCCCCGGGCUGCUGGUGGGCUCAGCCGGCGUCGGGGGGGACCCCACUCUGAGCAGCCUGCCGGCCGGGGCGGCCCUGUGCCUCAAAUACGGCGAGAGCGCGAGCCGAGCCUCGGUGGCUGAGAGCAGCGGCGGCGAGCAGAGCCCCGACGACGACAGCGACGGUCGCUGCGAGCUGGUGCUGCGGGCCGGGAGCGCCGACCCCAGGGCCUCCCCGGGCGCGGGGGGCAGCGGCGCCAAAGCGGCGGAGGGCUGCUCCAACGCCCACCUGCACGGCGGCGCGGGAGCUCCCCCGGGGGGCUCCGGCGGCGGCAGCGGGGGUAGCAGUGGCGGCGGCGGCGGCGGCGGCGGCGGCGGGGGCAGCAGCAAGAAAUCCAAAGAGCAGAAGGCGCUGCGGCUCAACAUCAACGCCCGGGAGCGCCGGCGGAUGCACGACCUGAACGACGCGCUGGACGAGCUGCGCGCGGUCAUCCCCUACGCGCACAGCCCCUCCGUGCGGAAGCUCUCCAAGAUCGCCACGCUGCUGCUCGCCAAGAACUACAUCCUUAUGCAAGCGCAGGCCCUGGAGGAGAUGCGGCGCCUCGUCGCCUACCUCAACCAGGGCCAGGCCAUCUCGGCAGCCUCCUUGCCCAGUUCGGCGGCGGCGGCAGCUGCGGCCGCUGCCCUGCACCCGGCGCUCGGCGCCUACGAGCAGGCGGCCGGCUACCCGUUCAGCGCUGGGCUGCCCCCCGCCGCCUCUUGCCCGGAGAAGUGCGCCCUGUUCAACAGCGUCUCCUCCAGCCUCUGCAAACAGUGCACGGAGAAGCCUUAAACACAUCAGACCGACCCAAAAGCUGAAGGAAAGCGCGAAGCUGCUCCCCACCCCUUUUAUUUUGGUUCUUUUGGAGUUGUGAGACACUUGCAGAGCAAAGAAAAGCAGAGGCAAGACUGAGAAGUAUCAGAGACAAGCGAGACUUUUAGUCUGGACAUCCCCAGAAUCUCUGUCUUUGGGAGGGGAGGGAGGGUGAAGGGAGGUGCAGGAGGGAUGGAGUAUGGAUGUCCGAUUUUCUCAGAAAAGUGGCAACUUUGGUGGCAGCCUAGAAGGCGGCGAGGAAGCGGAGUUUUCCUUAAAGGUGAAAAAAAAAAAAGUUCAGAAGUUAUUAAGCGUGGAGAAUUUUGAAUGACAAAAUACUAAUCCUACUAAUAAUUGUGAAUCUGGCUAGUGCAGUAGGGGAGAGAAGGAGUCCAGGGUUGGGAGGCAGGUGGGACGAAAUCUUCAUUCAGACAAAUCAGAAAGGGCACUUGAAAAUAAAUUUUGAUUCUGAGCCAGGAGCUAACUUGAAAUGUAGACUGGUUUCAGUGCGGGGGGAGGGGAAGAGACACAUUGCUAUGAAAGACUUGUAUUUUUUAUUGUCUCUGAACUUUAAUCCUGUGAAAAUGCUCAAAGUUUUGGCGAGAGUGAUAUAAAAAACUGUGGCUGAAAGAAUUGCAUUUAAAAAUAUUUAUGUGCACCUUGUUACUUUCAACUCUGCAAUGAUGUAUUAACAAUUCAUGCUAUUUAUUUGUUAUUCUUCAAUGAUCCUUCCAUAUCAACAGUAUUUAUCAUGUGUUAAGGUCAUGGGUCUUCUGUGCAGAUUUUUUUUAAUGCCUCUAAAAUUCUGUUUUAUAGAUUAACUUAUACUGUGUGCCAAGUGUUUAUUUGCCAACAAGUAUGAAGAGAAAUAUUGAUGUAUUUGAGCUGCUUAGGUUUAUGAAAGGUCACCUGGAUAUUUUCAGUUGCAUCAUCCUUGUAUUUAAAUUGAGCUUUAAUAAAUUGCUUUAGUCCAAAAAUUACAGGAAAGCUGUAUUCUUAAUUGAUGAAUUAAUUGAUCUCUUUUUGAAAGGGGACUUAUUUGCAUUCCAAAAGGGAAAAAAAAACAUCGCAGCAAUAGUUCCUAUAUAAGUAAAAACAUGCUUAGCAAAUAUUUUUUCCAGGGUGUGCUGUGCAUUUUUAAAGGUCUAAUUUAAUUACUUUAAAAAUAUAUGUAUUAUAUGUUAUUUUAAUUGUGGAGAAUUAUUUAAGUUGAAAGACUGGUUUGAUUUACCUAUGGUGUGAAAUCCUUUGUUAUUUUUCUAAAAAAAAAUUUAAAAGGAAAUAAAAUAAAAGUAAGGAAGAGCAAGAAGCUAUUUACCCAAAGUGAGCUUUCAGUUUUAGUUUGCAUGGCUAUUUGCCUGCCUUUCCAUCUUACGAAAUUCAAGAAAACUUUUGGGAGUCCUGCUAUUUUCCACUCCUUACAGAUAAUACAAAUUCAGCUUGUCAGGUUGGAUGGUGAGUUGGGAGUUCUGGUGGAUCUGAUGGUGGGCUUUGGAUGUGUAAAAGAAUGAUAUAUAAAUAUAUAUUAAAUAGGUCAAUCAGACAAUGACAGCUAUGUACGACCAUUUGUAUGUGUAUCUAUGUCAGAAAGAAUCUUUAUUAAAGUAUUUUGAUCAAACA